AAAUGUCAACAGACAACAAUCUGAUUCAGAUUUGGUUGGUGUUGGUGUUUGGGAUACCAAAUUAUCAGUUUGUGUAUUUAUUAGCUUCCCAAAUCAAAAAAUGUCUUCACCACUAGAAAAUCUGGAGACCCAACUUGAAAUGUUCAUCGAAAACGUGCGGCAAAUUCGCAUCAUCGUUAGCGAUUUCCAGCCGCAAGGGCAGAGUGUCCUGAAUCAGAAGAUACAGUCUCUGGUCACUGGCUUGCAGGAGGUGGAUAAACUGAAAUCUCAAGUGCAUGAUAUUCAUGUUCCUACUGAGGUGUUUGACUACAUUGACCAAGGUCGCAACCCUCAGCUGUACACUAAAGACUGCAUAGACAAGGCCUUGGCCAAGAAUGAAGAGGUUAAAGGAAAGAUAGACUCAUACAAGCGUUUCAAGAGUCACCUUCUGUCCGAGCUCUCCAAAACAUUCCCCAAUGAAAUAGCUAAAUAUAAAGCUAUUAGGGGUGGGGAAUAGAUACUAAGUGUAAUUUAGUUUUAGUUUUUUAGUUUAUUGUAAGUUUUGUAACUAUCUCCAUGGGCCAAUGAUGUAGUGUGUUGUAAGAUGUCAACUAUCCUGAAAAUACAUUUUCUGUUAGUAUUUUUGUGCCCAUUACAUACUUCCGCGUAAGCAGUGAACAGCAUAUUUUUUUGAAUAAAAGACUUUUCAAAA